UUAUAAACAACAGUAGCCGGUUGCAGUGCAGUCGAUAGAUAGUCCGGUAUCACCUUCUGCUUAACCUCGUCGUGUGUGUGUUUUUUUUGUUGUGACCAAUGUAAUUGCUUAUCACAUCAAAUUGUCUAAAUUGCAGAAACUGAAUCUGACACCCAAGCUGUCGCCCUCUUACCUCCUCCCUCUUGGUUCCAUCCAAUACAUACUAAAUUGGCCUUACGUAAUCAAUUUGAAUGUGUUUUUAAGAAAUUAAUACAAAAAUAUAAACACAUUCAUCAAUUCAAAUCAAAUGAAAUGCGGCUUCUUGUCAGACACGCGAAUCUGUUGUUAUUCCAACAUCAAUGCGGCGCAGGUCCAGUUUCUUCUAUACGGCAAAUGGCAGCGACUGCGGCUACAACCGGUUACCUCAAAUUGGCAACAAGUGCUCAAACAACACCAGCAACAGCAACCAGCACAAUGAGAGCAGUUGAUAGAAAGGUCUCGCCCCUAACGGAUAGUUUUGGACGACAUCAUACCUAUCUGAGAAUUUCCCUAACAGAACGCUGUAAUUUACGUUGUGACUAUUGUAUGCCCGCCGAAGGAGUGCCAUUGCAACCUAAAUCUCAUCUGUUAAGCAAUGAAGAGCUUAUACGAUUGGCCCGUAUCUUUGUGGAGCAGGGCGUACGUAAGAUACGCCUUACGGGCGGCGAACCGACUAUACGUCGUGACAUUGUCGAUAUAGUGGCCGAAAUGAAGGCAUUGCCACAAUUGGAGCAUAUUGGUAUAACCACAAAUGGUUUAGUUUUGACCCGCCUUUUGCCCUCCUUGCAACGUGCUGGCCUGGAUUCGCUUAAUAUUAGCCUGGAUUCGUUGCGUAAGGAGCGCUUUGAGCGUAUCACACGACGCAAGGGCUGGGAACGUGUUAUAGCUGGCAUAGAUUUGGCCAUUCAAUUGGGCUAUAGACCCAAAGUGAAUUGUGUACUCAUGCGAAAUUUCAAUGAAGAUGAAAUCUGUGAUUUUGUUGAAUUCACCAGAGAUCGUCCAGUGGAUGUGAGAUUCAUUGAGUAUAUGCCAUUUAGUGGCAAUAAAUGGCAAACGGAAAGAUUGAUAUCGUAUAAGGAAACACUGGAAGUGAUAAGAAAGCGUUUUAGCGACUUUGAAGCACUACCAAAUGGUCCCAAUGACACGUCAAAGGCAUAUGCUGUGCCAGGAUUUCAGGGUCAAGUGGGAUUCAUUACCUCCAUGACAGAGCAUUUUUGUGGCACAUGCAAUCGGCUGAGAUUGACAGCAGAUGGCAAUAUAAAAGUAUGUCUAUUUGGCAAUAAAGAGUUCUCUCUGCGUGAUGCCAUGCGAAAUAAAGAUAUCUCUGAAGAGGAUCUGGUUGAUCUGAUUGGAGCAGCAGUUCAACGCAAGAAACGCCAGCAUGCGGGUCCCGUUCCAGUUCCAGUUGACUUGAUUCAUCAUUCUUCAAUCCAUCAUCUUGUUCAACAAAAUCAUUAUCAAAAUCAUCAUUAUCAUCAUCAAAUACGCCGCAAUUGCAGCCAACUCAGCCAUGUGAAUGCUCAGGGCAAAGCCCAGAUGGUGGAUGUGGCAGAAAAGCCAAUCUCUACACGUAUAGCCCAGGCGGAGGCCUAUGUUGUGGUUGGUGAGCAGUUAACCCAGCUAAUAGCGGCCAAUCAGUUGGCAAAAGGAGAUGUUCUAACUAUAGCCCAAUUGGCAGGCAUUAUGGGAGCCAAGUUGACAUCACAAUUAAUACCUCUUUGCCAUAAUAUCGCAAUAUCAUCGGUUAAAGUCGAGGCCAAGUUGCUGGAGCGAGAGCAAUGCGUGCACCUGAAAUCGACUGUUCGCUGCCGCGGGCAGACUGGUGUGGAAAUGGAAGCUCUGACCGCGGUUUCCGUGGCUGCUCUCACUGUCUAUGACAUGUGCAAGGCCGUUAGCCAUGAUAUUUGCAUAAGCCAAGUGCGUUUGCUAAGCAAAUCUGGUGGCAAGCGGGACUAUCACCGUAAUGAUAGGCAUCAUUCCAAAUAAAAUCCCUUUUAAAGAAA